UUUAUAACUUUGCGAGUUUGGUCACACGUGUGGCGCACCACAAAAUUGCUCAGAAUUACGUUUGAAUUGAGAUAUACGUCUUCCUGUCUUUUAGAAAUAUUAGUACGGUCUCGCCAUCGGGGUAAAGAUAAAUGCCGAAACUUUUUUGCGGUAACCCAUCAAUUCUCACCAACCUACAACGUCGUUUUCUAUUUAUUUCAGAACGUUUGAACGUACUCUACGAGAAAAACUGGACGAAAUUGGUUACAGAGCAGCUAAAGCGAUUUGAAAAGGUUGUCGUUGAAUCGGGGAAUUCCCCCGUUUCGAAACGGGUCGAGGAUCAUUGGACUUUUGGUGGGGCUCUUUUAUACACAUUAACUUUAUUAACCACAGUGGGAUAUGGAAAAUUGUCCCCAAAAACGACUUUGGGGAAAAUCAUCGCGAUGAUCUACGCGCUAAUAGGCGUCCCUUUAAUGCUGGUUCUUUUAUCGUUAUUAGGCUCAAUGUUAGCCAACGGUGCCAAAAUAGCUUACUCAAAAAUUAGAUGUAAAGAUAAAACCAAUAAACAGGUUAAUACAGUUGUGGGGUUUCAUAAAGCGUCCUCAGGAAGUGGCAAAAAUAAAAACGAAGAUUGUUCAAUUCAAAUUUUACCCCACAACAAUCAAAAUAGUGUCAAUUAUAAGACGCAAGAGUAUCACAUAGAUCAUUUAGAUGUUCCCAAAAAAGCAAUCUUGGCCACCGUUAGAGCCAGCCAUGCAAGAGGAAGAUGUCGACAGGGUCAAGUAAGGCAAAUGUUGGCUGACCCACAUUUCUGUCCUUCAACGCAUCACGGAACUACUUCCAGAUCGAUUACUGGCUCUCUUACUUCGGAUGUAGAAGAAACCGAGGAAAAUGAAGAUAGUGAACAUGGGUAAAAAAUUAAUUUGUUCAAUAAAAAUAUACAACUAAUCUUGCA